AUGGCACAAGGCAGAUGCAUCUGGGAAGGUUGGAUGUUGGAGAGUGAGGCCCUGAGGCGAGAUGUGGGCACCUGGCUCCUGACCUGCACUUGUAUUUGCACUUGUGUCUGCUUGGGAGCCUCUGUCCUGUGGGAAGGAGGAGAGCCAUGGGCUGGAACAUUCACCUGCCUCACCAACAACAUCCUCAGGAUCGAUUGCCACUGGUCUUCCCCAGAGCCAAGCCAAGACUCCAGCCCUUGGCUCCUCUUCACCAGCAACCAGGCACCUGGCAGUGCCCAUAGGUGCGUCUUCCAGGGCAGCGAGUGCACUGUGGAGCUGCCACCCGAGGGGGUGUUCGUGCCCUCUGACAACUUCACUAUCACUUUCCACCACUUUAUCUCGGGGAAGGAGAUGGUCAGUCUGGUGGACCCUCAGUACCUGCCCCGGAGACAUGUUAAGCUGGACCCACCCUUUGACUUGCACAGCAACAUCAGCUCUGGGUACUGUGUCCUGACCUGGAACAUCAGUCCUGCCUUGGAGCCAAUGACCACACUUCUCAGCUAUGAGCUGGCCUUCAAAAGGCAGGAGGAGACCUGGGAGUGGGCACAGCACAAGGACCACAUUGUUGGGGUGACCUGGCUCAUUCUUGAAGCCAGUGAGUUGGACCCUGGCUUCACCUAUGAAGUCAGGCUUCGUGUCCAGAUGGUUACCCUGGAGGACGAUGUGGCAGACGGAGAGCAGUACUCAGGCCAGUGGAGUGAGUGGAGCCAGCCCGUGUACUGCUCCUCCCCUGAGAGACCAGACCCCCUGCUUCCACUCUGGGUUCGGCCGGAUAGCACUCUUGUUGUUGUGUUCAUCUUUCUCCUGAUGAGCGCCUUGGCCUACCUCCUGUUCAAGGUGUCACCCAGGGUGAAGAGAACUUUCUACUGGAACGUGCCUUCUCCGACCGCAUUCUUCCAGCCGCUCUAUAGUGUGCACGGAGGGAAUUUCCAGACCUGGGUGGGCGCCCACAGAGCCAGUGUACAGCGGAGCCAGGACAGCACCCCACAAGGCGUCUCAGAGUCUGGUGUCCAGGAUGCCAUUGCGCUGCUCACCUUUGACGUGCAAUCUGCAGGCAUGGAGAAGGAGGAGGAAGAGGGCAGUGGGACCAGCCUCCUGGGGGCUCAGGGCUCCACGGGUGUGCUGCCAGAAGGGUGUACAGAACUGGGGGGACAGCCACCUGCUUACUUGCCUCAGGAUGACUGGAUUCCUAUAUCCCCUAUCAGGCUGGCUCCCCCAGACUCGGAAGAUGGUGGUGACUAUUGUCACUUGGCCUUGGGCUGCUGUGAAGGGCACCACCCCUCAGCCCUCCCAGGAAACUUGCAGAUCCCUGGGCCCAUCCCAGCCUUGCCCUGUGAACUUUCUUGCAGCUAGCAGAACUCUGGGACCUGGCAAGGAGGAGCCUGCAUGAGGACCCUCAGGGCAUUAUGCCCCCUUCUGACCUCGACAGGCAGCAGGCUUAGUCCUGAAAGUUUGGGAACCCUGACUUUGCCAGCUGCAUUUGUCCAUUUAGGAGAAAAUGGACUAAAGUCUCUGGAGCCGACCCUUGGCUGAACCUGGACCUCCUGGGAAGGGGCACCUUCUGGUUAGAGGUCCUGCCUGGGUGGAGGCUGGAGGUCUCUCCUCACCUUCUUUACUCAGCACCUCUGGGGCCUCUGCCCUCAGCAUCCUGCCCACAGCCCCUGGCUGCCCCUCUCUGCUGUUUGGCUUUACCCCAUCCUCUCUGAGAAGAGGACGGUGGCCCCACAGCCUGUUCUGCCCUCACCACCUUAAAGGGCCAGCCUGGGCCCAGUGGA